GCCCUUGCCCCGCCCACUUGUCCUCCUCAACUGACGGCCCAGCCAAUCGGCUGCUCCUCCACUUCCUGCAAGUUCAGCCUACGACGACGAACGGGGGUUGACUUGACAACGGAGGCAAAACAUUUUUUUUAUAACGGCUGAACGCCCUCCUGUCAUGUGAUGUUGAACAUGGGCUGCCUGCUGUCGUUGGACUCCUGACAAGUUCUCGCGGGCGGGGAAGAAAAAGUGAUCUUAUUUAAGCGCACGAUCGCAGCAAGGUGAUAUAGUGUCAUCCAGAUGGAGGUGAGCCGCCUGGACUUCUACAUCGGCCUCUCUCUGGCGCUGAGCUCCAGCGCGUUCAUCGGUGCCAGUUUCAUCCUGAAGAAGAAAGGCCUCCUGCGAUUGGCCAGCAAGGGCUCAAUGCGAGCAGGUCAAGGGGGGUAUGCCUACCUGAAGGAAUGGCUGUGGUGGGCAGGACUAAUUUCAAUGGGAACUGGGGAGGCGGCUAACUUCGCCGCAUACGCGUUCGCACCCGCCACACUGGUGACGCCUCUCGGAGCAUUGAGUGUACUUGUGAGUGCAGUCCUCUCCUCUUACUUUCUGAAUGAGCGGCUCAAUGUGCAUGGGAAAGUUGGUUGUUUGCUGUGCAUUCUGGGGUCCACAGUGAUGGUGAUCCACGCCCCACAGGAAGAGGAGGUUACGUCCCUCGCCUCCAUGGCAGAGAAGCUCAAGGAUCCAGGUUUCAUUGUGUUUGCUGUGUGCGUUGUGGGAACCAGCCUGGUUCUUAUCUUUGCUGUGGCCCCUCGGUUCGGACAGAAGAAUGUGCUGGUCUACAUCCUGAUCUGCUCUGUGAUUGGCUCCCUCUCUGUGUCUUGUGUCAAGGGCCUGGGCAUUGGCAUUAAGGAGCUGUUUGCUGGGAUGGCAGUGCUGAAGGAACCCCUGUUCUGGUCCUUAAUCAUCUGCCUGGUAAUCUGUGUCAGCGUUCAAAUCAAUUACCUGAACAAAGCGCUCGACAUCUUUAACACCUCCAUUGUCACUCCCAUCUACUACGUCUUCUUCACCACAUCGGUCAUGGCCUGCUCAGCUAUCCUGUUCAAGGAAUGGUUGAGUAUGGCUGCUGACGAAGUAGUGGGGACAAUUAGCGGGUUCCUCACCAUCAUUUUAGGGAUAUUCCUCAUCCAUGCCUUCAAGGACAUAACAUUCAGCUGGGAUUCCCUCCCACUGUACCUGAGGAAGGGUCCUCAGGGCUUUCCAUGGGGCCACCAGCCUUAUGUGGCUCUCCCUAGCCAAGACAUCCAAGCAGAGGAUGAGAUGAAGCUGCCAAGAGAAGGAAGCACAAAAGCGGGGUGGGGUGCACACCAGAGAGCUCCUUAACAGUCUUGUUUAAACUAAGACAGUUGCUUAUUGCAAUUUUGAUGCUUUAAUGUGACGUGUGUUUGCUAAAUCUUAACUUCACAUCUGUUUAACACCAUGCAGUAUGCACUGGAAGAACAAAGUUGCCUUUAAAUGAACAUAAUGUUGGUGUCAACACACUGGAAUCCAUAGAAGAUUUCUGUUGGCACAUCCACAUUUUUUCCCCAUUUGGUUGGUAGAAUGUAUAUUUAUUUAUUUUCAAAGUAUUUUAUGUGGCAUUAGCCACAUUGUCCCUUCUGUUUGAGAAAAAAAAAACCCUUUGAUCGUUUUGAACUUUUAACCUUGAUCUAUGAACACAUUUAUUACCAGUUACGGCAAAAUAUCAAUUUGUCCUGAAUGCAUUCAAUCUGUUGUUGAUAAAUAAUAUUGAAUAAUUCAUGAGUUACUCUUAAUACCUCAUACAAAUCGCACCAAAGAAUGUUCCUUUCAUGUAUGAAUUUCCAACAUGUGCCAACCUGUAAAAUAUCUCUGAUGUAACUGUAUGACAAUGCUGAUUAAAACCUAACUACAUUACUUGACGAGA